AAGUUUCCAACUGAGAGCUGCCCAGCAAGCUGUACAAGCAACCAAACCACCGCAAGAGCUGCCCGUGUAGCACGAGCUGCAUCACUCCACACUCACAGUACCACUGAUAGACAGACACCGACAACCAUGGUCGCCUUCUUCCAGCAAGUCGGCGGCGCCGACGACAGGAUGUUCUUUGCGCCGGUGCGCAGUGCUAGCCGCGCCGACAAGGAGAAGCUCGCAAAGACGCCGAGCGUCGGCGUCAAAGUGAUGGCGCCCUGGACCAAUGGCCAGCUCUACCCGGGCAAGGUCAGCCGCGUGACGGGCGCCGGCGUCGUGACCGUCCUCUUCGACGACGGCGACGUCCGGGAGGGCGUCGCGUGGACGGCCUGCACGGCCCGCGCCACGGGCGCCGCGAGCCUCCACGAGGCGAUCCGGCGCAAGGACCUCCGGGCCGUCAAGGCGUGCAUUGAGAGUGGACGAGACGUCAACGUUAAGGGCCCCGACGGCAACUACCCGCUCGCGAGCGCCGCGCACGACGGCCUCACGGAGAUAGUCGACGCUUUGCUUGUGGCUGGCGCGGAGGUCAACAAGCAGGCCGCGACCGGCGCGACAGCCCUCCACUACGCGGCGUUCCGGGGCCACGCGGCCUGCGUCCGCCGGCUCGUCGACGCCGGCGCCGACGUCCACCUCACGGCCUGGAACGCGCCGCCCCUGACGCCCCUCGAAAGCGCCAUCAGCCACAAGCGCACCGCCGUCGUGCGGAUCCUCGCGCCGCUGACGAAGGAGCUCCAUGCCGAGGCCAAAAAACGGAACGCUGCUGCGGACCCGAAGGACAUCGACCUCUUCGAGGCCGUGCGCAUCGGCGACGUCGCCGCGCUCCAGCGGGAGGGCGUGGACGUCAUCAACGCCCGCAACGGCGAGCAGGAGACCUUACUGCACAAAUCCUGCCUUUACGAUCACCUGGCCAACCAAGCAAAGGUCGUCGAAGUACUACUGGCGGCCGGCAUUGACAAAGAUGCAACGCGCGACGGCGGCUGGACGGCGUUGCACCUCUGCGCGGAGCACGACCAGCGCGCGUGCGCGAAGCUACUCCUGGCGGCCGGCGCGGACGCGAGCGUCCGGGGCUCCAACGGCAUGACCGCCCUGCGGAUCGCC